AUGGCCGCUGUCGACUACGAUGUCAUCAUCGUCGGUGCCGGUAUUUCCGGCAUCAACAUGGCCUACCGCCUCAAGGAACGCAACCCGGGCCUGACCUAUACCGUCCUCGAGGGCCGCCACGAGAUUGGCGGUACCUGGUCGCUCUUCAAGUACCCCGGCAUCCGCUCCGACUCGGAUCUCUACACAUUUGGCUUCGCCUGGCGCCCGUGGAUCGAGAAGAAGUCCAUUGCUGAGGGCUCCAUGAUCAUGGACUACCUCCGCGAGACUGUUGCUGAGGAGGGCCUUGACAAGUCCAUCCAGUUCAACACCCACGUCGACCACAUGAACUGGUCCUCCAAGGACAAGAGCUGGACUGCCCAGGUCACCCAGAACGGCAAGCCCAAGAAGAUCACUGGCCGCUUCAUCUUCUUCGGCACCGGCUACUACAACUACGAGGAGCCCCUCCAGACCACCAUCCCCGGCAUCGAAAACUUUGCCGGCAAAGUCAUUCACCCCCAGUUCUGGCCCGAGGACCUCGACUACUCUGGCAAGAACGUCGUCGUCAUUGGCUCUGGCGCCACUGGUGUCACCCUUUUGCCCUCCAUGGCCGACAAGGCCGCCCACGUUACCAUGCUUCAGCGCUCUCCUAGCUACAUUCUCUCCGUCCCCGGUAACGGCUGGUUCGAGGACAUUGUCCGCUUCGUCUUCCCUGCCAUGAUGGCCCACCGCAUCAUCCGCGCCAAGUGGAUUUUCAGCGCCUACAUGCUCAUUGGCUUCUGCAAGCGCAUGCCCACCAUCUCGCGUUGGCUCUUCCUCACUCUCGCCUGGCUCCAGCUGCCCAAGGGCACUUCCGUCGAGAAGGACUUUACACCCAAAUACAACCCCUGGGAGCAGCGCAUGUGCCUGUGCCCCGAUGCCGACUUCUACCGUGCCAUCCGCAAGGGCAAGACCAGUGUCGUCACUGGCACUAUUGAGAACAUCACCAAGAAGACCAUCAAGCUCCACAACGGCCAGGAACUCAACCCCGACAUCAUUGUUACCGCUACUGGUCUUAAGCUCCGCGCACUCGGUGGCGUUGCGCUGAGCGUCGAUGGCGUACCAUACGCCGGUACCGACAAGGUCGCCUGGAAGGGAUGCAUGCUCGAGGACCUGCCCAACGCGGCUCUCGCCUUUGGCUACGUCGAUGCCAGCUGGACCCUUGGUGCCGACGCUACCGCUCAGCUCAUCAGCCGAAUGCUCAACGCCAUGCAGGACGAGGGCGUCAAGGCCAUCACUCCCAAGCUCACCGACGACGAGCAGAAGAACAUGGUUCGCAAGCCCUUCAUCAGCCUCAACUCUACCUACGUCAAGGCUGCCAUCAACACGCUUCCCAAGACUGGCGACGGCCAGUGGGUUGCCCGAUCGACUUAUUACAAGGACAUUGAGAGCGCAGCGUUUGGCGACAUCAAGACCGGCAUUGUCUGGGAAGAAUAG